CCAUCAUCAACCUCCUUUACAAAUUCGCCUUUCGAUGCCAAAAGCUGUGGAUCCUAUGUGAUGGAUUCUGCCCACGGGAAAUGUAAAGCGUGGAGAACAGCUGUGUGUGGCAUGAUCUCUUCAGCUCAGCAAGGCAAGAUCAUCGCCAUGUUGUGGGACAAAAGAGUACCCCUUCAGUGUCAGGGACCUACCUGCUCUCCCCAAUCCCCCAGUCCACUGCCAGUACCAGCGGCAACGACACCGUAAUCUAAGCACUACUGCGGAUCCGAGGACCCAGAAGAGGGAUGAUCCCAGCUACAAGAGUCAAGCAGGGCGGAAGAGAAAAAGAAAAAUCCACCAGGGAGCGAAAAGCGACCUGGUGUAGCAACCGUGCGGGGAAGAAAAGAAGAUUUCCAGAGUCCGAGGC